CCUGGCCUGAAUUCGAACUUCUAAAAAGGUGUAAUUUGUCUCAAGAUAGGUGGAGGUUAGACCAAAGGGAGCAUUUUCUAGUGGUCCAGGUAGGCAGGUACCAGAAGAGAAAAAAGGAGGCCAGAACAGUUUAGAGGUUUGAGCUCGAGGCUAGAGGCAGCUCAGCUUCCUGAGUAAGCCUAGGUAGAGGAGCAGGUGGCCUGCGUGAGGAGGAGGGGAGGAGAGGCUGUGGGCGGGAGAGGAGAACAGUGGCAGAGAAGCAAGGCUGAGAAAGGGAAGGCAGAGUGGGAGGAGCCUAGGAGGGAGACCCUGAGAGGAGAAGGGAGGACAUAGAGAGAGCAGGAGACAGGAGGAGGAUGCGAACAAUGGAUGAUUGGGGAUGGGGAGGAUGCAUGAGGGGAGAAGGGAUUGACCCCAAGACCUCUGGGCUCUGGACAUCAUCAGGCAAACCUGGAGCUUGGGAAGAGAGGCAGGAAAGAGAAGGAUCUUGGGCCUAGGCACUGCAGCCCCAUGCCCUCUGUCCCUGCACUGUUGACUCAGCCCCUCCACACUUCCCCUUUCUUUCUACCCUUUUCUGCCGCAAGCACCAGGCCCGUGAAUCUCUUCCCCUCCUCCACCUCUCAGCUGCUAGCGUGGCCUCAUGGCCUCGGCUGAGUCAGUACUGGUCUCCUAGAGUCCAGGCUGAGUGCUUCCCGCUGAGCUGUAAUCAUCUGUCCCCAGCCCAGGUCCUCUGACUUGGGGCUUCUACCCUCAGCCAUCUGGAUCCUGAUUUUUGAUUUCUGAGAGCCUGGGAAACCUUGGAGGGAGUGGUCUUCUCAGCUUAUAGUUCUACUCCAAGAGCAGAGGGAAAAUCCAGAGAUCGGAGGUCACAACUAAGGAAGGUCCUAGAGUAGUUGGAAGAGUGAUAUCCCCCUCUUCUCACCUUCUCAGGCUUUUUGGGAAUCACAGGGGCUUGAAGAGGGACGGAUUGGAGGUCAGGGAGAAUGACUUGACUUGCAGAGGCAGGGGCACUGGGGGAAGUGGGAGACAGCAGAGAUGGAAAACGCAGCUCAGAGGCUCCGAGGAAGGCGUGCGCCAUCCCUGCAGAGAUCAACACUGAAGGAUGGAGGGUAGAUGUCAGAAAGGACUUCCUAGGAUGGGAGAGACCAGUUGGGUGAGGAGCAAUAGAGGAAACUCUCCUAGGUUUUAACUCUGGAGAGUAGUAUGAGAGGGAUAAAAGUUAGACUGCAGGAGAGAUUUUCCGCUGGAAGCAACCGAGAUGGCUGGCUGAGCUUCCUUACUUAAAGAUCCUAGAGUGGAAGAGUGACCCAAAGGCAGCUGCCUUUGCCUCAAGACCCGGGAAAAGGAGAAGAUGAAGGAAGCCAAGGAUGCCCGCUAUACCAAUGGGCACCUCUUCACCACCAUCUCAGUUUCAGGCAUGACCAUGUGCUAUGCCUGUAACAAGAGCAUCACAGCCAAGGAAGCCCUCAUCUGCCCAACCUGCAAUGUGACUAUCCACAACCGCUGUAAAGACACCCUCGCCAACUGUACCAAGGUCAAGCAGAAGCAACAGAAAGCAGCUCUGCUGAAGAACAACACUGCCUUGCAGUCUGUCUCUCUUCGAAGUAAGACAACCAUCCGGGAGCGGCCAAGCUCGGCCAUCUACCCCUCCGACAGCUUCCGGCAGUCCCUCCUAGGCUCCCGCCGUGGCCGCUCCUCCUUGUCUUUAGCCAAGAGUGUUUCCACCACCAACAUUGCUGGACAUUUCAAUGAUGAGUCUCCCCUGGGGCUGCGCCGGAUCCUCUCACAGUCCACAGACUCCCUCAACAUGCGGAACCGAACCCUAUCCGUGGAAUCCCUCAUUGACGAAGCAGAGGUAAUCUACAAUGAGCUGAUGAGUGACUUUGAGAUGGAUGAGAAGGACUUUGCAGCUGACUCCUGGAGCCUUGCUGUGGACAGCAGCUUCCUGCAGCAGCAUAAAAAGGAGGUGAUGAAGCAGCAGGAUGUCAUCUAUGAGCUAAUCCAGACAGAGCUGCACCAUGUGAGGACACUGAAGAUCAUGACCCGCCUCUUCCGCACGGGGAUGCUGGAAGAGCUACAGUUGGAGCCGGGAGUGGUCCAGGGCCUGUUCCCCUGCGUGGAUGAGCUCAGUGACAUCCAUACACGCUUCCUCAGCCAGCUAUUAGAACGCCGACGCCAGGCCCUGUGCCCUGGCAGCACGCGGAACUUUGUCAUCCAUCGCUUGGGCGAUCUGCUCAUCAGCCAGUUCUCAGGUCCUAGUGCGGAGCAGAUGCGUAAGACCUACUCGGAAUUCUGCAGCCGCCACACCAAGGCCUUAAAGCUCUAUAAGGAGCUGUACGCCCGAGACAAACGCUUCCAGCAAUUCAUCCGGAAAGUGACCCGCUCCGCCGUGCUCAAGCGGCACGGGGUACAGGAGUGCAUCCUGCUGGUGACUCAGCGCAUCACCAAGUACCCGGUACUCCUCAGCCGCAUCCUGCAGCAUUCCCACGGGAUCGAGGAGGAGCGCCAGGACCUGACCACAGCACUGGGGCUAGUGAAGGAGCUGCUGUCCAAUGUGGACCAGGAUAUUUAUGAGCUGGAGAAAGGGGCCCGUCUGCAGGAGAUCUACAACCGCAUGGACCCUCGGGCCCAAACCCCAGUGCCUGGCAAGGGCCCCUUUGGCCGAGAGGAACUUCUGCGGCGCAAACUCAUCCACGAUGGCUGCCUGCUCUGGAAGACAGCGACGGGGCGCUUCAAAGAUGUGCUAAUGCUGCUGAUGACAGAUGUACUGUUGUUUCUCCAGGAAAAGGACCAGAAGUACAUCUUUCCUACCCUGGACAAGCCCUCAGUGGUAUCGCUGCAGAAUCUAAUUGUACGGGACAUUGCCAACCAGGAGAAAGGGAUGUUUCUGAUCAGCGCAGCCCCACCUGAGAUGUACGAGGUGCACACAGCAUCCCGGGAUGACCGGAGCACCUGGAUCCGGGUCAUUCAGCAGAGCGUGCGCAUAUGCCCAUCCAGGGAGGACUUCCCCCUGAUUGAGACAGAGGAUGAGGCUUACCUGCGGCGAAUUAAGAUGGAGUUGCAGCAGAAGGAUCGGGCACUGGUGGAGCUGCUGCGAGAGAAGGUCGGGCUGUUUGCUGAGAUGACCCAUUUCCAGGCCGAAGAGGAUGGUGGCAGUGGGAUGGCCCUGCCCACCCUGCCCAGGGGCCUUUUCCGCUCUGAGUCCCUUGAGUCCCCUCGUGGCGAGCGGCUGCUGCAGGAUGCCAUCCGUGAGGUGGAGGGUCUGAAAGACCUGCUGGUGGGGCCGGGAGUGGAACUGCUCUUGACACCCCGAGAGCCAGCCCUGCCUUUGGAACCAGACAGCGGUGGUAACACGAGUCCUGGGGUCACUGCCAAUGGUGAGGCCAGAACCUUCAAUGGCUCCAUUGAACUCUGUAGAGCUGACUCAGACUCUAGCCAGAGGGACCGAAAUGGAAAUCAGCUGAGAUCACCGCAAGAGGAGGCGUUACAGCGAUUGGUCAACCUCUAUGGACUUCUACAUGGCCUACAGGCAGCUGUGGCCCAGCAGGACACUUUGAUGGAAGCCCGGUUUCCUGAGGGCCCUGAGUGGCGGGAGAAGCUGUGCCGAGCCAACUCUCGGGAUGGGGAGGCUGGCAGGGCUGGGGCUGCCCCUGUGGUCCCUGAAAAGCAGGCCACGGAACUGGCAUUACUGCAGCGGCAACAUGCGCUGCUGCAGGAGGAGCUACGGCGCUGCCGGCGGCUAGGUGAAGAACGGGCAACCGAAGCUGGCAGCCUGGAGGCCCGCCUCCGGGAGAGUGAGCAGGCCCGGGCACUGCUGGAGCGGGAGGCCGAAGAGGCUCGAAGGCAGCUGGCCGCCCUGGGCCAGACCGAGCCGCUCCCAGCUGAGGCCCCCUGGGCCCGCAGACCUGUGGAUCCUCGGCGGCGCAGCCUCCCCGCAGGCGAUGCCCUGUACUUGAGUUUCAACCCCCCACAGCCCAGCCGAGGCACUGACCGCCUGGAUCUACCUGUCACUACUCGCUCUGUCCAUCGACACUUUGAGGACCGAGAGAGGCAGGAACUGGGGAGCCCUGAAGAGCGGCUGCAAGACAGCAGUGACCCUGACACCGGCAGCGAGGAGGAAGGUAGCAGCCGUCUGUCUCCGCCCCACAGUCCACGAGGUGAGACCCUGGCGGAGACAUGGACCAGAGACUUUACCAGAAUGCAGGACAUCCCGGAGGAGACGGAGAGCCGCGACGGGGAGGCUGUAGCCUCCGAGAGCUAAGGGGGCCCCUCCCCGCUGCCCUGUGCCCCACUGAAGAACAUUACUGAGGGGGGCUAACCUUGGGGACUUCAAUUUGCCAACGAUGAGGGAACAUUUCAAAGAACUGCAAAUUGUCCUUGCCAGCUCUUGGGAUCCUUGGAUACCUGGGGCCAUUUAAGAAGCUGGGGGAAUUAGGCCACAACACCCCCUGGGGCAUCCGAAAGCUACACCACAGAUGCCAGUGGUUCAUGCCUUCUUCCCCCAACUUUAGGAGAAUUUAUUUAUUUAUUGUUUAUUAGUUAUGGGGGGAGAGGGGAGAUUUAAAGGACCAGGGACAUGGGAACCAAGCCAUAGGGAUCAGAGGGCCUUGUCCUUGAACACUACUGGGGUAUAUUCAGGCUCAUCCACGCAGCUGCUGGGUUCUUGCCCUAACGGCCCUCCCCUGCAACACCCGUCUUGGAGGAGAGGCUGCAGCCACAGCACCCUACUGCCCUUUAAAUAAAGGAGGGCUGUGGGCAGGGCCAUGUCCCUUUCUCCUCUCCCCUCAACCUCUUACUGCUGUUCUCCCUUCUCCAUCCUUCAUGGAAGCCCUGGGAGAUAACCUGGCUUCCUGGAGUUGAUGGAAUAAAGGUUGGAGUGGCCAUAAUGGUUUGUUGGGGGUGAGGGAAAAAACCCACAGGGACCAGAAUGUUUUGUUGUUGUUUUGUUUUCUUUUUUGUACCAAAGUCAACUGCACGUGUUUUAUAUUUUUAAGAGAUUGUAGGCAAUUAGAGAUCGAAGCCUCCUGUCUCCACAUCUCUGAAGAAGUUGAGGGGUGGGGGAGACAAUGACUUCUGCCUUCAUCUGCAGUAACAGGGGGACCUAUACUGACCUCUUCCCCAGCCAUUUGGAAACAAGUUCUAGAGUGGGUUGGGAAAUCUCCAGGAGCCCUGACCUCAUCUUCCACCUCAGCAACCAUGACCUGAAACCUCAGCGUGAAUUUGGGGGAUUUUUCAGUGGAACCCCUGCCCCCAAAUGUCGACCAGCCCCAGUUUUUUUUUUCUUGCCAAUUUUGUUGUUUAAAAAAAAAUUCAGGGAAAAUUAAAAACCUGGAACUCCAUAA